GAAUUUGCAAUUGCAAAAAGCUUCCUUCUUCUUCCUAGUUCCUUUCCUUCGUAAUUAACCACCUUCUUUAUAUAACCUUAAUCCCCCCAAUCCCUCUGAAUUUCCCUCCAAUUUCCCCAAAAUCCUUGCUUUUGAAGCUUUCGUUUGCGCCGUUCAAUGGCAGAUCUCAGCCCCAGGUCUGAGAUCUCCUUCUUGCAAACUUUCCUCUGCAGUGCUUUUGCUGCCUGCUUCGCUGAGUUUUGUACCAUUCCUUUAGACACCGCUAAAGUCAGGCUCCAGCUACAAAAGAAAGCGGUCCCAGGGGAUGGAGCUGGCACACCAAACUAUAGAGGCCUUUUGGGUACUAUGGCUACAAUCGCUAGGGAAGAAGGCUUAGCAGCACUUUGGAAUGGCAUAAUUCCAGGAUUACAGCGCCAGUGUAUUUACGGUGGCUUGAGAAUUGGAUUAUAUGAUCCUGUCAAAAUUUUCCUUGUUGGCAGUGCUUUUAUUGGAGAUUUUCCUAUAUUCCACAAAAUACUUGCAGCUCUAUUGACUGGUGCUCUGGCAAUCAUAGUGGCUAAUCCAACUGACCUUGUGAAGGUUCGACUUCAAGCUGAAGGAAAAUUACCAGCUGGAGUUCCUAAGCGAUAUACUGGAUCCUUAGAUGCUUAUUCUACUAUAGUUAGACAGGAAGGAUUAGGGGCCCUUUGGACUGGGCUAGGGCCAAAUGUAGCACGGAAUGCUAUUAUAAAUGCUGCUGAACUAGCCAGUUAUGAUCAAGUGAAGGAGACAAUUUUGAAAAUUCCAGGGUCCACAGACAAUAUUUUAACUCAUCUCCUAGCUGGUCUGGGUGCAGGCUUCUUUGCAGUUUCUAUUGGCUCUCCUGUUGAUGUGGUGAAAUCUCGAAUGAUGGGAGAUUCAACUUACAAAAACACCUUUGAUUGCUUUGUCAAAACUUUGAAGUACGAGGUAUGCUUUUUCAGUUUUAAUUCGGAUUUUUGGCCUUCUAUAAGGGGUUCCUCCCAAACUUCAGUCGGCUAGGAUCUUGGAAUGUGGUUAUGUUUCUAGUGCUAGAGCAAGCGAAGAACGUUUUCCGGGUAUGAAUAUGCUCGUCUGAUUUCAGUCACCACAAAGCACGAAGACACAGCUUUUGCUUUGGAAUGGCCCUCUUCGAUUGUUAAAGAUUCAUUUUUCCCCCCAAAUUUCUUCUAGGCAUAAAAUCCUUAUAUUUUUGUAUGAUUGGAGAGUUCGAAAGGGAGACACAUAUCAUUGUACCCUUCUUCCUUCAGCUAUACUGGACAAUUAUAUAAAGGACGAUCCCAAGCCAACAAGGUUCCCCACAUUGUGAGUUCGGAGGAGGAACAUUUAUCGUACGCAGUCUUACUCUUGUUUUGCAAAGAGGUUUCCACGACUUGAACCCGAAAAAGGUCACUAAAGAGCAACUUUUCUGUUGCGCCAAGUCCCACCCUCAUACUGAACAAUUAUAUAAAUAUUAUUAUUAUUUUCGCAUUGCCAUUUGAAAUUUAAUAUACCAAAUAAUUAUUUU